AUUUGUACUCUUUGUCUCUCCCGAUUUUUGUCAACACAAGUCAGUAGGAGUCAUCGCCAUGGCUGCUUCGCUCCAUUCUGCCGCUACUUUCCUCCAGCCGACGAAGAUUUCCGCCGCUACUUCUCGCUAUGGCCAUCUACGGUCAUCGCCUUCCGUCGCGAAGACCUUCGGCCUUGAAUCUUCCUCUGCUCGUCUCACUUGCUCUAUACAGUCCGAUCUCAGGGACUUCGCCGGAAAAUGCACUGACGCCGCCAAGAUCGCGGGCUUCGCUCUCGCCACCUCUGCUCUCGUCUCCUCGGGAGCAAAUGCGGAGGGAGUGCCGAAGAGGCUGACGUUCGACGAGAUACAGAGCAAGACGUAUAUGGAGGUUAAGGGGACUGGAACUGCGAACCAGUGCCCGACCAUCGACGGUGGCUCCGACGAGUUCGCGUUCAAGCCUGGAAAAUAUUCUGGCAAGAAGUUCUGCUUCGAGCCGACAUCCUUCACCGUCAAGGCCGAGGGUGUCAGCAAGAACGCACCUCCCGAGUUUCAGAACACCAAGCUAAUGACCCGCCUCACCUACACCCUUGAUGAGAUCGAAGGACCUUUCGAGGUCUCUUCAGACGGAACCGUCAAGUUCGAAGAAAAAGACGGCAUAGACUACGCAGCUGUCACGGUCCAGCUUCCGGGCGGGGAGAGAGUGCCGUUCCUGUUCACAGUCAAACAGCUCGACGCCUCAGGAAAACCCAACAGCUUUGGCGGGAAAUUCUUGGUGCCCUCGUACCGUGGCUCGUCCUUCUUGGACCCAAAGGGCCGUGGUGGCUCAACCGGUUAUGACAACGCGGUCGCCUUACCAGCCGGAGGCAGAGGGGACGAGGAAGAGCUGACAAAGGAGAACAUCAAGAACGCGGCUUCGUCCACCGGAGAGAUCACUCUGAAGGUGACAAAGAGCAAACCUGAGACGGGAGAGUUGAUCGGAGUUUUCGAGAGCAUUCAGCCUUCGGACACUGACUUGGGUGCUAAGGUACCAAAGGAUGUUAAGAUCCAAGGGAUUUGGUACGGUCAACUUGAGUGAUGUUCCCACAAUUACUUAGUCUCUGUAUUUGGAACGAACCUCUUUGAAGAUUCCUGUUAACGAUCUUAUAAUCGUCUUGACGCUCUCAUAUUUUUCCGGUCAUAUGAUCUUUAUAAUUCCCUAAAGUUGCAACC